AUGAAGUCUGUUAUUCAUUCGGGCACAAGUAUUGUCCGUAAAGCUUCUCGCUUUAUCAUCUUCACCUCGAGGAAAUUCUGUAAUAGUAGUAGCAUCAAUGGUGAUGAAACCGAUAAUGGUCCCUUGAAGAUAACUUGGGAAUCUACGGAGAUGGAUUGUGGGUUUGAUGAAGAACAUGAAGAAAAAAGUUGUGGUAAUGAGAAAAUCUCUGUUAGAAGAAGGUUUAUAGAGAGUACUAAACUCGGUGCUGCUCGGAUUCUCGAUACAUUACAACAAGAUUGUCCUGGGUUUAAUACGAAAUCAGCUUUAGAUGAUUUGAAUGUUACAAUCUCAGGACUUUUAGUUAGAGAGGUUCUUGUUGGGAUCUUAAGAACAUUGAGUUUUGAUAAUAAGACUAGGUGUGCUAAGUUAGCUUACAAGUUCUUUGUUUGGUGUAGUGAACAAGAAUGUUUUAAGCACACAGCGAAUUGUUAUCAUUUGCUUAUGAAGAUAUUUGCAGAGUGUGGUGAGUAUAGAGCUAUGUGUAGGCUAAUCGAUGAGAUGAUUAAAGACGGUUAUCCAACGACUGCGAGGACGUUUAAUCUGUUGAUAUGUACUUGCGGUGAAGCGGGUCUUGCGAGAGAUGUUGUGGAGCAGUUUGUCAAAUCGAAAAGUUUCAGUUACCGGCCUUUUAAACACUCGUACAAUGCGAUUCUGCAUUCGUUGCUUGGGAUGAAACAGUACAAGCUGAUUGAUUGGGUUUACGAGCAGAUGUUAGAAGACGGGUUUUCGCCGGAUGUUUUGACUUACAACAUUGUUAUGUUUGCAAACUUUAGGUUAGGGAAAACAGAUCGGCUUUAUAGAUUGCUCGAUGAAAUGGUUAAAGAAGGGUUUUCUCCGGAUUUGUAUACAUACAACAUCCUCUUACAUCAUCUAGCGACGGGAAAUAAGCCGCUCGCUGCUCUUAACCUUUUGAAGCAUAUGAGGGAAGUAGGAGUAGAACCCGGCGUGAUCCAUUUCACGACUCUGAUAGACGGGCUAAGCCGAGCUGGGAAGUUAGAAGCUUGCAAAUACUUUAUGGACGAAAUGUUGAAAGUCGGGUGCACACCGGAUGUUGUUUGUUACACUGUUAUGAUCACAGGUUAUAUUUCAGGCGGGGAGCUCGAGAAAGCGGAGGAAAUGUUCAAAGAGAUGACGGAAAAAGGACAACUACCGAACGUUUUUACAUACAACUCGAUGAUCCGCGGGUUUUGUAUGGCGGGUAAAUUCAAAGAGGCGUGUUCGUUGCUCAAGGAAAUGGAAUCAAGAGGUUGUAACCCUAAUUUUGUGGUGUAUAGUACACUGGUGAACAAUCUAAGAAACGCAGGGAAGCUUUUAGAAGCUCAUGAAGUAGUCAAAGACAUGGUAGAGAAAGGUCAUUAUGUUCAUCUAAUUUCAAAGAUGAAAAAAUAUAGAAGAUCUUAG